AUGCAUCGUUCACCUGUCGUCCUCGGACGACGACGACUCCAAAACACCUUGUCGCGUUUUCCUUCCACUUCCACUUCCACUCUCCCUCUCCCUCUCACACCCCCCACCACCCGCUCCCUGCACACCCCCAAACCCCUCCCCUACGACCCCGCCCUCGGCCUCGGCGACUUCCUCCCGCCCCCCGCCCUCCACGUCGUCGCGGUGGAGUACCAAAAAGGGUUAUUAGAUAGGUUAAACGAAGAAGUCCGGGGCACGGAAAUGUCCGAUAUGUCAGUAAUGCAGACGAUUGUCUCCAGUGCGACGGAUCGAACAAGGGUGUUGGCGUUUAAUUAUGCGAGUUUGGCGUUGAAUAAUCAUUUUUUUUUGGAUAAUUUGAAACCCCCCACCCCCCCUUACGCCUCGCACCAACACCUGAUCUCCCCUACCCUCUCCGCCGAGAUCCGCGCCCAACACGGGUCCCUCGCCCAGCUCAAAUCCAGCUUCAGCGCCGCCGCCACGGGCCUCUUCACCUCCGGCUACGUGUGGUUCGUCACCGACGCCGCAGGGAACACCGGGGUGGUCCCGACCUUCGGCCCUGGCUCGGUGUUGGUGCGGAGUCAGAUAGGGGAUCCGUUGGAGGAGGAUGAUCCGUAUUAUGGGGAGUGGGUGAAAGAGUUGGAGGGGAUGCAGAAGGAGGCAGAGGCACAGGCAGAGGGGGGUACGAGUGGUGUGUCUACUGCCACUGCCCAGGACGGGGAGGACGGGAACGGAGAGGAGAACGGGGAAGGGGAAGGAGAGGAAGACGACCUCCUCACCCGCUACACCACACCCCCAACCACCCUCUCCCACCCCACCGCAUUCAACCUCCUCACCUCUUCCUCCCCCUCUUCCCCCUCCUCUCCCACCUCCUCCUCCACCCCCCCACCUCUCUCCACCUCCCCCUCCGCCUCCUCCCGUCCGCGCUCCACCACCCGCAGUCAAUCCCUCACCCUCACCGCGACCGCCGGUGACACGCUCUACCCUCUCUUCUGUGUGUCGGUGCACGAGCACGCGUGGCUGAGCGCGGGGUAUGGGGUGUGGGGGAAGGAGAGGUGGGUGAGGGGGUUUUGGGAUGUGGUGGAUUGGGGGAAGGUUAGUAGGGCGUAUGAGUAUUUUAGGGUGAGGUAG